CGCGCGCAGUGCGAGUGAUGCGGAAAACUUUGGGAGGGAGGCACCGCGUCACUGCCAAUUCACCAACCGGGUGAUGCUAGUGUGACUGUGGGGCCUCGGUUUGUUUACACCGUAGCGUGCGCGGCUAGCAAACACAAAUGGUGUGCUAACUUCACCUCUGCGUUUCCAUCCGUACCAGCUGUCCGCUCAUGUUUUACGCCAAAACCCUAUCAGCCCUGACACGGGCGAGGGCGGACAUUCAAUUUAAACGGUUACUCUUGCACCGAAGACUCCGUUCCACCGUCACCUCCACCUCGACGGCCCAGACGGAGCGUGACGAUGUCAGAAGCCGCGGCGGGUCAGAGUGUCCCGGACGGUCUGGCAGGGGAGGGAGAAAGAGAGAAGGCACCUCAGCCGCCGCCUCCGCUGCUAAUGAGAUCUCCGUAGACUUUGAGCAGACCCGGGAGGCUUACAAGAGCAAAGACUCAUUAGAGCUGCUCAGAAGUUUGGUGGUUUUCAAACUUUGUUCCUAUGACUUCCUGGUUGAUAAAAACAAAGAGAUAAUGCAUUUGGCUAAGAAGAUUCUUGGCCAGAAAGGCUUUGACCAGUUCAUGAAGAUGACAUUUUAUGGUCAGUUUGUGGCUGGGGAGGACCACAACAACAUCAAGCCACUGAUUCAGAAGAACCAGGCCUUCGGCGUCGGCUCUGUCCUGGAUUAUAGUGUCGAGGAAGACAUCAGUCAGGAGGAAGCGCAGCAGAAGGAGAUGGACUCAUGUGUGUCUGCCGCAGAGAAAGAGAACAUAGGCGAGGAGCAGAGAGAGAAAAAAUAUCAGGCGCACAGACAGUUCAGCGACCGUCGUGGGGGAGUGACCGGAGCCCGCACAUAUUUCUAUGCUGACGAGGCCAAAUGUGAUCAGCACAUGGAAACCUUUAUCAAAUGCAUCAAAGCGUCCGCUGGGAGUUCAAUGGACGGUUUUUCUGCUGUCAAAAUGACGGCACUAGGACGACCUCAGUUUCUGCUGCAGUUCUCAGAGGUCCUGGUGAAAUGGCGGCGGUUUUUCACCUUCCUGGCAUCACAGCAGGAUAAAGACAGCUUGGAGGCCUUAGAGCAGAGGCUGGAUCUGACACAGCUGCAGGAAUUCUUGACCAAUCUGGGUGCAAAAGGUGACUUUUAUGGCUGGUUUACAGGAAGGAAAGAGGACUCUACAGGAUGCAUCGACAUGCUUGACUGGAACAGCCUAAUAGAUGACAGAACAAAGAUAUCAGAUCUGCUUCUUGUUCCAAAUGUGGAGGAAGGUACGUUGAAGCCUCUGCUGGAGAACUUCACUGUGGAGGAGGAGCAGCAAAUGAAGAGGAUGUUACAGCGCGUAGAUGUCUUGGCUAAGCAUGCCCUAGAGAGCGGUGUUCGUUUGAUGGUGGAUGCAGAGCAAACCUAUUUCCAGCCAGCUAUCAGCAGACUAACUCUGGAGAUGCAGAGGACUUACAACAGAGAAAAGCCUGUCAUUUUCAACACCUAUCAAUGCUACCUAAAGGAGGCCUAUGGCAAUGUAACGAUGGAUGUAGAGCUGUCCCGGCGUGAAGGUUGGCAUUUUGCGGCCAAGCUGGUGCGCGGGGCCUACAUGUAUCAGGAGCGAGAGCGGGCUGAAGAGAUUGGAUACGAGGACCCCAUUAACCCUGACUAUGAGUCAACCAACAGGAUGUACCACAGGUGCUUGGACUAUGUGUUGGAUGAGAUCGCACUCAACAGGAAAGCAAAUGUGAUGGUGGCUUCCCACAAUGAAGACACGGUGAAACACACCUUAACGAGAAUGAACGAGCUAGGUCUCAUUCCCACAGAAAACAAGGUUUACUUCGGUCAGCUACUGGGCAUGUGCGAUCAGAUCAGCUUCCCGCUGGGCCAGGCAGGCUUCCCUGUCUAUAAGUAUGUCCCCUACGGGCCGGUAAAUGAGGUAAUGCCCUACCUGUCCCGGAGAGCGCAGGAGAAUCGAGGCUUCAUGAAGGGAGCCCAGAAGGAGAGGGAGCUGCUUUGGAGGGAGCUGAAACGUAGACUUGCCUCUGGAGAGCUUCUUUACAGUCCGGUGUACUGAAAGCACAGAAGAAGAGGCUUAGUAGAGAUUAUUGACGGUUUCAUUCUCUGCUUGAUGUUUGUUGCCAUGGCUGUCUGUUCUGCCUCUCACUGAGCAUACGUCCUCGUUAACUCUUUGUUUAUGUCGCCCUUUUUUUCUCUGUCCCACUGCUGUUUCUCAGCAUACUGCUCCUGGCUGAUUUUAUCCACCUUCACCUCAUCCUUUGUUCUCCACCUCUGCAUCCAUAAGCAUUUCUCAUUUUGUCUUCCCACUGUCUGUAGAGCUGUAAUAUCCAUCAAAUGGGCAUCUUUACUGCUCCAAAAGGACUCCCUAAAAUGUCAACAGGACUGGGCUGGGCAUCUUUUUUUAUUGCUCUAUUUGUUUUCGAGGAGGACGGGAACAAUAAGAAUAACGGGCUAGAUUUAAAUGUUAGCAAAGUAAACUAUAUAUGUAUAUGUACUGUAUAUAUGCAUUUCAGCACUUUAUAUAUUACUGUAUAUUUGAGAUUGUACUGACAGUUUUAAAACAGUGCCGGUUUGUGAGUAAUAAAGAAAGUUA